ACAUUCUAACACAUUUCACACAGUUUCAGGGUGUAAUAAUUAGUCAUUAAUAAUUAAUCUAUCACAGAUCUACCAAACUCAGUGGAUAUCGAAGGGAUCUCCAGAGUUAGCCAUCCCUGAGCCCGGGUCCGGGUACAUCUAUAGGUUAACAAUGAAGUAAAGUAUGGCGGACGUUUAUGCAAGAGGGCUUUUAUAGACAAACAGAGCGUAAUGCAGCGAUCUAUGAGACUUCAAGCCCGCAUUCUGAUACAAAAUGCAAUGUGUACUGAACAUAUCGGCUGUAAUAAAUCGCAAUGCGCUAUGAUAAACUGCAUCCAAUGUCUUCAAUACAUUGGCAGAUGCAUUCAGAUAGACGAUACGAUAUCGCCAUAGUCAAUAACCGGAAUCAAUGUUGACUCAAUUAUUUGUUUUCUGCUAUUUAAUGAAAGACAGGACCAGUUCCUAUAGAAGAAUACUAUUUUAAUUCUUAAUUUCUGAACUAAUUCAUCCACAUUAUUUUUUUAAAGAUAGAUUUUCAUCAAUCCAGAUGACCAGAUAUUUUUUUGAGGCGGGGACACGAUCAAUGAGGGCACCAUCCAAAGUACGUAUGCAUAAACCAUCAGAUACAUUUUUACGUGAUUUGGAAAAUAACAUAUACUUGGUUUUACCUGCAUUACGUUUCAGUUCAACAAAGGCUUUCUGCAGAGCAAUAAAGGCAGAUUGAAGCUCUGACAGAGCCUGGUCAGCUAGCUGUGGGGGCAACAGCAUACACCACAGUGUCAUCUGCAUACAGGAGAGGGUGCCAACUCAGACCCAGACAGCCUAGGGGACCCGGAGAGACCGUACCUCUGCUCCCAGUGUGGCAAGAGAUUCACUGCAGCCAGCAGCUUGAAGAUACACAUGAUGACCCACAGCGGAGAGAAACCCCACCAGUGUUCCGUUUGCGGGAAGGCCUUCCUGCGAUCCUAUGACCUGAGACGACACCAAGUGGUUCACAAAGGAGAGGGUGCCAGCUCUGACACGGACAGCUCUGAGAAGCUGCACCGCUGCUCCGAGUGCGGCAAGAGGUUCCUCACAAAGACGCGGCUGAACAGACACGCGUUGAUUCACAGCGGAGAGAAACCACAUCAGUGCUCUGUCUGCGGGAAGUGUUUCUUACGACCCGAUGACCUGAGGAGACACAUGACCAUCCACACCGGAGAGAAAACCAAGCACGUCUGCCAUCCAUGUGGGAAGACCUUCACCUUGCUACGGCACCUCAAGAUCCACCAGCGCAUCCAUACAGGAGAGAAACCAUACCACUGCUCCAAGUGCCCGGAGAGCUUCGCGCACCUGCUGGACUACAGGAAGCACAGACAGACCCACCGUAAGGAGAAACCAUACCACUGCGAUGACUGUGGCAAGACGUUUUCCCACUUCAGAACCCUCAAGGUUCACCGUCUUAUCCACACAGGAGAGAACCUCCACCACUGCUCCUACUGCGGGAAGGGAUUCACGAUCAGAGGGAACCUCAACACCCACCUACUGACCCACACCAAGGAGAAACCACACCAGUGCUCCAUCUGCGGACAACGCUUCGCCAGAUCCCAGUGCCUGAAAAAACACAAGCUCAAGAAGUUACACAUGGAAGAGGUCCGCUACCACAUCUGCGACUGCGGUAAGAGCUUCACGGAUGUAGAGAAGCUGCAGACGCACGCAAGGACGCACUUGAAGAACCUUGAGAAGAGGUUCUGCUGCUCGUACUGCGGCCGGACGUUUGUACGGGCUGGUGACCUUCAAAGCCACCAGAGAACACACACUGGAGAGAAACCAUACAUCUGCGCUAUAUGCGGGACCCGUUUCGCCCAGUCUGGGAACCUGAGAGUGCACCAGAUCACGCACACUAAAGAGAGGCCAUACCCUUGUACUGUCUGUGAUAAGGGGUUCACCACACCGGGGAGUCUGAAGGUGCACAUGAGGCUCCAUACAGGAGAGAAGCCGUACGUCUGUAGCCUGUGUGGGAAAGGGUUUCAUGUCCCCAAAUUGCUGAAGAAACACCAGGAGCAUCACACAAGAGAGAUGACAGCCUCCUUGGACAUGACAUAGGAAAAGCCUAACAUUUGUCUGGAGGAGUUUUAUUUAGGAAAACACAUGUCCUCAAUGGGACCAGUACUUUAGUCAUUGAGGCCUAGACUUUCUCAAUUAAUCUUUCCUCGAUUAUCUCGCAUCCUCAACUGUAUUGGAGGAGAAUGUCUAAAGUCCCUCCCCUCAAACCUUCUUCUCCAAUGCGUUUUGAGAAGAAGGUGAGGAGAGAGGAUGCAAGGAAUCGAGGAAAGAUGAAUUGAGAAAAAGUCCAGGUUACAAUGGCCAAAAGACUGCUGGUGGUUUCUCUGCUGCUCUCAUUAACAUUAGCAUCGCCGGGCCUCGGCACAUACCAGUGGAAUGCCUUUGUAAUGUCUACAUUUUAAACGGUCUAUAAAUCCAUUUAAGGACAUGGUUUUCAAAAUAAGAGUAAUCUGAAAUUGUGCUCCAAAUGUGCUGGUCACGUACUGGUCAUGACUGUAUUUUUCGUGCUUAAUUUAAUGAUACAGCCUUUAUAAAGCGUCUCUAGGUUAUCUUAAUGCCAAAUAUGAAGACAGUAUGAUAUAUGAUGAUGUGUUACAUCAUGUGUUGCACCCUCUAUAGCCAUUAUGGCUAUUAUUUGACCCUGCUGGUCAUCUUUGAACGUUUGAACAUCUUGAAAAACGAUCUGUCCUUAAUGGCCACAUGUAUUCUUAAAUCUCUACCCGGCACAGCCAGAAGAGGACUGGCCACCCAUCGGAGCCUGGUUCCUCUCUAGGUUUCUUCCUAGGUUUCG